AUUAGUUUGUUUCUCUUUUCUGUUGAACAGAGUGAGGUUGCUAACUCUCCUGGCCCAGGCCUGACGACUGUACAGUUCGCUCGUUCUGUACCAAUGUCUACGUACCUGGUGUGCUUUAUUGUCUGUGACUUCGAUCAUCUGCCACCAAUAAAGAGUAAAAGUGGUUUCGAUGUCUCAGUGUAUGCCAGAAGAGAUCAAAUACGGAAAAUGGAAUACUCCCAGCAGAUUGCUGUUUCCAGCAUCAACUACUACAUUGAUUAUUUUGGGGUUCCUUAUUCACUUCCUAAGUUAGAUCUCAUCGCUAUCCCUGAUUUUGUUUCUGGAGCUAUGGAAAACUGGGGUCUGAUAACUUUCAGAGAAACUAGUAUUUUGUACGAUCCCGACUUUAGUUCAACCUCAAACCAUCUUGGAGUGACUUUAACUACAAAUCAUGAACUUGCACAUAUGUGGUUUGGAGAUUUAGUAACAAUGAAGUGGUGGGAUGAUCUUUGGCUCAAUGAGGGAUUUGCAACUUUCAUGGCUGCCAAAGCCUCCGCUCACAAUCAUCCUGAUUGGGAUAUGGAUACAGUUUUCUUGAUUGAAGACUUGAUUGAUGCUCUGGCGCUGGAUUCAACUCUCAGCUCCCACCCGAUCGUAAAACAUGUCUCACACCCUGACCAGAUAACAGAGAUAUUUGAUCGGAUAUCAUAUGCUAAGGGAGCAUCUGUGAUCCGAAUGCUGGAAGGGUUCAUGGGAGAGGAAAAUUUCCGUGAAGGUGUGAAGGCGUACCUGAUAAACUUCCAGUUCAGGAACGCAGAGACCAACGAUCUGUGGAGCUGUCUACAGCGGUAUUCUACAGUCGAUAAAAACAUCCCGCACGUGAUGGAUACAUGGACACGUCAGAUGGGGUAUCCCGUACUGACUGUUACCCAGGCGGGUGACACGAUAACCCUUACCCAGCAGCGCUUCACCGCUGACCAGAACGCUAGUUAUGAUCCUAACGAGUCACCAUAUAAAUACAAAUGGGAUGUACCAGUUACACACUUUACCUCAGAUAACAAACAAUCCACUCUCAACUGGCUAUUGACGGAACAGCCCUCCUUAAGUAUCAAGAUUGGCAAUGCCCAGUGGUACAAACUCAACUGGCACUUCAUGGGCUACUAUAGAGUCAAGUACCCUCUUGAACAUUGGACUACACUCACCAAUGUACUUAACAAUGAUAUCAAGGCAAUGGAUGCUGCGGACCGAGCCAACCUGAUGGACGACGUGUUCAACCUUGCAGAGAGUGGUCACCUGGACUACAGUGUGGCAUUGUCUCUCACCACGUUCCUGCACCACGAAGAUCACAUGGUGGUGUGGACUAUAGCUGCUAACAACUUGCUGUCUAUUGACACUCACCUGCGACUCACUCCCGCCUACUCCAACUACAGGAGAUACCUGAGAAAAUUGAUAACUCCCCAUUUCAAUGAUUCUCUCUGGAGUUUCCCACUGGAUGCGACUUUCCUUCAAAAGUCACAACAGGUACGCAUGAUUGGACUGGGCUGCAGAGUGGGGGUUCCUACAUGUUUGGACAAGGCCAAGCAGCUAUUCACUGACUGGCUACAGAAUAAUGGUCCUAAACCUCAUGUAGAGAUUAGAAACCUGGUCUAUUACUAUGGUAUCGCAGAGAGUGGAGAGGACGAGUGGGACAAAGUGUGGACACUCUACCUGGCAGAGUCAGACCCCCAGGAGAAAGUCAGGCUCAGGACUGCCUUAUGUGCAGUAAAGGAGCCUUGGAUACUGGCAAGGUUGAUAGAACGAGCUAAAAAUGAGGACUACGUCAGAUCCCAGGACUACUUCAUACUGCUCAGCUCCAUAGCCAACAAUCCAGUUGGAAAUGGUCUCCUCUGGGAUUGGGUCAGGGCUAACUGGCAGUACUUGGUGGAUCGUUUCACCCUCAACAAUCGAAUGCUUGGUCGGCUGCUGCCUUCAGUUGUUGGAUCAUACUCAACGGAUGUAAAAUUGAAAGAGGUGGAGACAUUUUUAGAACAAAACCCCGAAGUGGGGGCAGGUGGUGCUGGUCGAAAGUCUGCUAUCGAAGCCAUCAAGUUGAACAUCCGUUGGCUUGAGAAACACUUGCCAACACUCACUACUUGGCUGGAAACUCAAUGAAAAUACAUUAUUCCGUGUCAAUUAAAUAUAUUUUAUUAUUCA